AUGCGCAGUGGCUUCACAACUCUCCAGUCCCGUCCUCAAAGCUCAGACAUCAACAAGAGCCGCUUUACUGAUGCGGGUUGGUUUUCCUAAUACGCUCUUUAAGGAUAUCUGCUUUGCGUCAGCUUAACCAAACUUUCAUCAAGAUGUUUGGCUUUCAUAAGCCCAAAAUGUACCGGAGUUUGGAAGGCUGCUGCAUCUGCCGGGCCAAGUCCUCCAGCUCCCGUUUCACAGACAGCAAACGAUAUGAGAAGGACUUCAGGAGCUGCUUUGGCUUGAGUGAAACCAGAUCUGGAGAAAUCUGUAACGCCUGCGUCCUCCUUGUGAAACGGUGGAAAAAGCUACCAGUGGGAACCAAGAAAAACUGGAACCAUGUUGUUGAUGCCAGAGGGGGUCCCAGCCUAAAGAUAACAUCCAGGCCAAAGAAAAUCAAAACCAUCUCAAAGAAAGCUCGACCAAGCCAGAUCAGCAGGCUGCAGAAGGAGCUUAAAAGACACAAUUCAGACGCCCACAGCACAACGUCCAGUGCCUCUCCAGCUCAGUCUCCCAGUUACAGCAACCUGUCAGAUGAUGGAUCCGACACCGAGCUGAGCCGGGGGUCCGGCCGCUCCCCAGUCUUCUCCUUUUUGGAUCUCACUUACUGGAAGAGGCAAAAAGUGUGCUGUGGUAUAAUCUACAAGGGCCGCUUUGGGGAGGUGCUCAUCGACCCCCAUUUGUUCAAACCCUGCUGCCGCAAGAAACAGCGACAGCAGCAGCACCAACAGGAGGAGGAGGAAGAGGAGGAGGACGAGGAGGAAGACGAGGAGGAGGAGGUCGAGGUAGAGGAGGGUCAAGUGGGGGUGGAGAAAUCCCAUGUGGAGGAGGAAGCAAAGAAAACGCCUACGGGUGAGGAAAAUACUGAGCCUGCUAAGCUAUGUGUGACAGCACCUCUAACCAGCAGUGGGGAGGUGUUGGGGGAAGGCUGGUGAAGCACCCCCUACCAUUUGGCAAUGCUCUGAAAAAAAUCUCGGGAUGGAUUUCUUUUUGUUUUGUUUUUUUUUUUGUUUUUUGUUUUUUUGUUUUUUUUUGAGCACUUACAAAAAGAAGUCGCCUCAGAUUGCCUUCAAUUAAAAAGCAGCUACAAACAUCUUUUGUCCUCUCCAGGAAAACGUUGGAGGAUUGUUUAUUAUUAUGGUUGAACUGUAAUUUAUGGACUUCUAUGUUCUAUCUGUAUAUUUUUUGGGUUUUUUUUGGAUUCAGUGUCUUUUAACCAUGCUGAUGACGGACCAUCAUCUGUGGUGUUAUUGAUCUACUUUAAAUGAAAUGCUGGAACUCUAGUUUGCUGGUACAUUUAACAGGUUUUCUUCCAAAACGCAAUACAUCUGCUUAUUUACAGGAAAAAGAAGGUGCUACUUGAAAUUUAUGGCUCAACAUGUUAAAGAUCUGAACCUAUUCUCACUGUGGAUAUCUUCUAAGCUUACAUAUUUAUGCCUGAUACAGGCACAUCUCAAUGAAGUAGAAUAUUAGGGAAAAGUUAAUUCAUUUUAGCAAAUAAAUAAUAAAAGUGAAACUUAUAUUUUUAAUAGAUUCAUUAAACACAAGGGUAAAUGUUCUUCAGUUCUUUGUUUCUGUAAAUUUUAAAGGCUGUGGUUUAGAGCUAAUGAAAACCUAAAAUAUAGUUUUACAGAAAAUACAGCAUGCACUUCUUCUGCUACACUUUUGCAUCAGUGCAGCUUGAUUUUAUUUUUUUGAUAUUUUCAAUGUUUGCUCUUUUGCUUUCCCAUUUUUCUCUAAUUAUUAUUUCUAGUUUUUAGUCAGACAUGUUGGCUGGAAAGUCAAGCUCAGUGUUAAAACAGCCAUAUCUGUAUUUACUGAAAGUGUGGCCAUCGCAAUUUAAGGUGGAAAGUUAAGUUUUCCAGCAGAGCAAAGCCUGAAAUGAUAUAAAUGUCCUGUAAGACUCCAUCAGCAGAAGACCCAAAUCAGCACUGUCUGCUGAACAGAGAUAUCAAAAGUAUUAAUGUUUAUUACACAAGUAAAAGUAUAAAUCCUACUGUUUAAAAACACUUUUUUUAGAAGUUAGUGUCAACUUCAGCUUUUUACUCAAGUAAAAUUGUAAAAGUAAUUUUUUUUUAAAACUAUUUAAAGUACAAAAGUAAAAGUAAUGCAUGAAAAAAGAAUGUUGAGGACAGAUUGAUUAAUGCACGAGCUUAUUAAAGGAACAUUUGUCUACAAUUCUGGACGAUAACUUCAUCAUACUUCUUAGUUUUAUAACUAAUGGCAAAACUGUCAAAUUUAACUUUGCAUCAUCUUGAAAAACUAUUUAUUUUGCCAUUUAUUUUGAACAACAAAUUCGUGCAUUAAGUCCAACUACAAAGAAAUGAAUUGUCCGGAUG